AUGGGCCCCCCCGGCUCCGAGGACGCGGGCCUGAAGGAGGACCAGAGGGCCAUCCAGUACGCGCUGCGCCAAUGCGGCAAGGGCAGCAUCCUGCGCGGCUGGCGCAAGGAGCUCGACCCGGAUGGCUCCUUCGACUGCACCUUCCUCCAGUUCUGUCGCGCCACCCGUCGCCUCGAGCUGCCCUCGGUGGACAUCCAGCGGCUCUUCGGUGCAGACUCGCCGGACAGCCUGACUCUGGAGGAGGUCGCUCCAGAGAUGGGCAGGCUCGUGCGGAGUUUCAGGAACUGGCUCAACAGCAGGUUCGGGGGUCCAGACGGGAUGUUGGAGGCGUUCGAGGAGUCCCGCGGCGACAACGCCGACGGCACGUUACGUCGCGUCGACUUCUGCGGGGGCUGCAGGCAGCAUGGCUUCAAGUGCAAAGGUGCCCACCUGGAGGAACUUUUUUGCCUCCUGGACGUGAGUGACUGUGGCGUUCUGAUUUGCGAGGACCUGAUGUUCCUCGACCUGGAUAAGCAGAAGCGCAUGGACGCCAUCCAAAGGAGAAGGCACGUGGAAGAAGUCCAGCACCUGAAGCAGAUCACAGCGAUGGCUCGCGAGGAGAUGGGCUGCAAGCUUCCCCCGAUGCACCGCCGGGCCCCGCGUGAGUGGCACAAGGCCAUCUACGAGCAGCUGCCCGAGAUGGCGCAGGAGAAGCAGAAGCGCAGGCGGGACGACCUGCACCGAAGAUCGCUGGAGGCUCGGGCGAUCUUCAUGGAGAACCUCGUCCAGACUUCUGGGGAUCCCAUCCGAGCCUUCCGCGUGGCGCUGGACCCCGACGACCGGUACAAGGUGACGAAGGUGACGGUCGCCAAGUAUUGCCAGCAGCGCCGGCUGAAGCCUGCCAUAUCCGACCUGUGGCGGGCAUUGGACCUCGACCGCGACGGCCUGAUCCAGCUGCAGGACGUCGGCCCUCAGCAGGCCGCUGCGCUGGCCAGCCUGAAGGCCUGGGCCAGCCAGCUGGAGGGCUACGGGAAGGUCGCCGCCAUCUGGGGCUGCGCGGAAGCGGACCGCGCCCGCGAGGCUCUGCGCAGCAAGGGCAAGUGGAAGUCGGACAGGAACAUGCCGCUGAAGACGUUCGUGCAGGUCCUCGCGGCGCUGGGCUGGCCGUGGCUCGCCAGGGGCCAGGCGGACGGCGACCCGCUGGUGGUCCUGAAGGGGCUCGACAGAUAUGGCUGUGGCUUCGUGUCGCUGGAAGAUUUGAACUGGCUGGACAAGUGGGCAGCGCCGACCUGGUUGAGCGCCAGUCCCGAUCCUCAGGCGUGGUCCCAGCUGAAGGCGGAGCUGCUCAGAGUGCACAAGGAGCCACUGCGUGCUUGGAGGGCUUCCAUGGACCUGCACGACACCAACAUCGUGACAUUCCGCGAUUUCUCGCACGCGUGCAAGAAGGUGAAGUUCAAGGGGAAUGUGGACGGCGCGUGGCGCCAGUUGGACACGAGCUGCUCGGGCGUGAUCACGCUGGACAGGUUCGACCCUCCCUGUGGGGAGCUGCUGGGGUCUUUCAAGCACUGGGUGGAGCUCAACUUCGGGGGGCUGGAGAUCGCCUUCAGAUACAUGGACACGGGCAGUUCCGGAAGCCGCCGCUGCCUCUUGUGGCCCAGUCACCGGGGGCGCGUCAAGCAGUUCGUCUGUCCCGCCUUUAUCAUGCACGGGACGAAUGACGAGAUCAUACCGUUCUACCACGCCUACCGCUUGCACCAGGCGUGCCCAGAGAGGACGCGGUGGCCCGCCUACUUCCCCAGCGGGGCGGGGCACAACGACCUCGUCGAGUGGGACACGCGCACGUACUAUACGGAGGUCCAGGGCUUCCUCGACGAGGUGAGGAGAGUCGCCAACGGCGAGGAACCCCGCUGUUCGUUGGCCCGGGAGAGGCGGCCGAAGCAGGUGGAGAUGCGGCCCAGGGCCGAGGUGCUGAGCACCGUCGGCUCCGCGCGGCCUCCGCCUGCAGCGGCCGCCAGCGAGGUCGCCCCGACAUCGGUCGACGACUUCAUAGGCGGCGCCCACGUCGCCGAGCCGCCGGCGGGGCCCGAGGACGGGCGCUACGAGCAGCUGCGGCAGGGCGCCGGCUGGAUACCCGACGCGGCCUGA